ACAUACUGUGUCUGAAGGGGGAAGACAGAUGUCGCCUGUGAUACGUCCUCAACUGUGGUAACUCUGGCUACUGGUGUAGAGACUAGGAUGACAGCUCUGGGGACAACAGAUUGUGCCAUCUCGGACUCUUGUCAGUGUCAGAUCAAUACUGCUAAAGCGACUGUUGCUACUAAUGCCAACAAGUGCACUGCUUAUAACAAUGAGCUGAGCUGCCUGAGAACCGCGCAAGCUGCAGGCUGUGACGGCAGCACCAAGAGCGCCGUUGCAACGGCUACUGACACCACAAGAGCUGCUCUGCCAACUGCUGACUGUGCAGCUCCAUCUGCUACCUGCCAAUGUGAGAUUGCCGCCGCAAAAGGAGUCGCAGGCUCAUCCACAACGUACUGCACUGUUCUGUCUACACUGAAGACCUGCCUCUCUGCUAUCACCACCAGUACCGAGGCAGGGUGUACCAGCACCACCCAGGCAGGUCUUGUGACUGACACCGGAACAAAAACCUCUGCCAAGUGUGGGAGUGCUGCUGAUCACGUGACGUUUGCGAUGACUUCACUAGUCGUAUCAGUUCUGAUACACAUGUUCCUGUAACGCCUCUCAAUCUGGCCCUUUGACGCUCCUGUUUGUUUGAAAUUCUCAUAAUAUACCCGCUGUAAUUUAUCAAUUUGGCUGUUUGACGCUCCUGUGAGUUCGAAGUUCUCAUAAAUAUAUCUGCUGUGAUUUAUCAAUUUGGCCUUUUAAAUCUCCUGUGCGUUCUGCGUUCUUGUAAAUGUAUCUGCUUAACCUCGCGUGACAUGACGUUUUAAUGCAUAUGUUAUUUUAAAUUUAAAUUUUCGAUCACCUUUUUCCAAUUUGUAUUACUAACAAUAUGUUUCCAAAAUUCGUGUUCAAUUUUCAAUGCAGAACGGUUUGACUGAUUUGAGUAUCGACCUGGAGGUAAUUUCAAGGAGACUUUCCGAAAUAUUCAGAAAUGUUUGUAUGACUGCUAUGUAUGACGUGGACUAUAUAUUCUAUAUGUAACCACUGACCAACAAUAUGUCGUCAUACAAUUAUUGUGAUGUCAGAAUAAGCAUCUUUUGGUCUGGUUUUGUAAACUAUUCAGCUUGUAUGCUGUAGUCUGGAUCCUGAUAAUCUGAAAGGUACUCACAUGACUCAAACCACGUGUUCCGUACCCUAAUUUAUGUGUUGAGUUAAUCCUUGAUGGUUGUUCCACUGAAAUAAAAGGUACUGUUCACGAAAUGUU